UACAUUUACAUCCUUGGAUAACGGGUGGAAACUGAUCCUGGUUCGGUUAUCCAGUUCAGAGCUAGUUCCUAAUGCUGACCAUAAGUCCAAGUUGGCUUGCAUGGUGGUGCUUCAUCAAGAACUUUUGCCAGGAGCUCUCCAAGGACAAGAAAUUUGCGUCCAGUGCUUUUCUAACCAGGUGAUGUCGGCUGCUCCCUCUGCUCGAAUUUGUGACUGUCAUGUCCUUGGGAGCAGUGCCCACCACAGGGGUGAAGCCAGGAGCUGGAAGGUGUUUCAGACAAAGACCGGGAUGAAGGAGACGUCAAAGCAGAGCAGAAGGGAAGAGUGUGGAUUGAUGCCUUUGCUAGGUAGCUCGGCAAAUACGCUGAAGUCCUCCAGACAGAUGACAUUGGAGGAGGGAAGAAUAACGAGAGCAAAAAUGAAAAACAAGAGAGAUGUGGUGAGAAGUUCUGAAUGGCGUCACAGGCUCAGCUGGCUUUCCAGGCUGCGGGGUCAACAGCUGGAGACUGUGGAAGGUGCGAGGCAGCGCAGGAGGAAACGUGUAGCUGUAGCCGGCAGUAGUGUCUGGAUCAGCAUCACAGAAGAGGAGGGAAUAGAUGAGGACACCAGCGAUCUGAAACCAAGCCAGCCUGGGACACCCUGCUGGUGCUUGGCACCGCGCGCCGGUGGUGACACAUGCCUCGUCGCCCAGCCAAGGAGGACUCGAGGAUCCCUGUGAUGUUCCCGGGCUCUGGCCGAGCCCUCGAGACCCAGCGGUACCUUCCUUGCACGAGGCGCUGCUGUUUCAUUUGUGAAUUGGAGGUGCUUUGAUAAACAUGCUGAAGGUCAGCUCGUUUCACGGAGGCUUGCAUAAGAACCUCAACAUCCUUUGCUGCAAGAGCAGCGUUAGUAACUUCCUACUGCAACUCUGAAUCACAAUAGCUUCCCACAAUAACCCACAGCAAAAAUAAACUGGGCAAGGGGAAGUGGACAACUUUAGUUGUUCCUCUUUCUCGGGCACACUUGAGUCACAAAAAAGCUAUGUAGAACAAGAGCUUUAUUUCGCUGAUCCCAGUGAAAUCCGCGAGCAGUUCUGGUCACGGUCCCUGAAAUCCCUUAGUGUUUUGCAAUGGGGCACUUAUGCGCUUGAAGCUAAGAACGUGUUCAAAUGCUGUGUUGAUUGUGCAUUUUCACUGGAUUCCGCACUUAGGGAUAGACUAAAAGGGCAGCGACCCCACUGCGUCUGCAUGCUGUUCUUGUACUGAAGACGAAGGAAAUUCCUUCUUAUGUCUCAUCUGUCCCAGACGGGGAGCAAGAGCCGUUCCCCCUCCCACUGAUGCCGCUGGGAGGUUGGAGGUCAGAGGA